ACGACGUGUAACACACCCGUCCUCUCUCACUCCGCUCACUCUUUAUCGCACAUUCUCCACAAAAUAGCACAAUAACUGAGCCAAACUUGAAGAUGGCUAAUAAGCAAGGCGCGAAAGUUGCCAGGGCAAGAAGGGGAUGUGAUAGUCCAGGAUGGAUAAUAGUUUGCUUAGUGUCCUCCUUUCAACAACCAUCUCAAAACUAUCUGGGCCAUCCCAGGACAGAGCCAGCCUUCUUUAAUAGUUUGUUGAGAUUCCUUGCUUCUCUGGCUCUAAUGCUAGCCCCCAGCAUAUUGACACAAAGAAGACAGUACUUAAAGAUAGACUAUAAGGUACAUAACUAGACGAUAGAUACAAAAGAUAAUGGCACUACUUUCCUUAGAAAGGUAAGGGACCGUUUAGUACCAUUUUCUCUGAUAGUGGAUGUCUGCAGGCAUAUACAGUAGCACAGAGCACAGGUCUACAGCAAUUUAGUACUGGAGACAGACCAAUAUCAAACAAUAUUUUUAAUAGGCCUAGGUGUGAAUGCGAAUCAUAUGGUAGUGGCGGAUGGGUGAUGGUAAAAAGCCUUACACAUUUACAAAGAAAGAAAAGAUGAGGGACUAAUUUGCAAACCUCGGCUCAGCUACAGCACUGUUUCACCACCAGAGGACACUCAUACUAUGUCUAAAGCUCUAUCGCUUUCAAAAGUACUCCUUUCAUUAAUUUCUACUUUUACAUGUAGGCUACUUCCCCACAUGAUGUUCGUGUUGUGCACGUUUUCUUUUGUGUCGAUAUGAAUGAAAUAAAAGGGGUGUCACUAUUAGGCAUCAUGGUUUACUCACGCUGAAAAACCGAUUCGUCUGAUCUAGAAGUUUCUCUAGAGUAAGCCCAUGUCACUUCCGGAUAAAAUCAAGAAAGGAGACGUUUACUGUCAUGCAGAGAGUGACAGAUUCAUGAAACUGUAUUCAUCUAUAGCCUACAACUUUCACACCGCAUUCCUGGCUGUACACUAUGCACUUUAGUCUAGUAUUAUUGUACUGUGUGUUUGUCUUUGAUGCUGUGGUUAUACACCUGUUGGGUGGAGCAGGGGAAGAGCCUAAGCUGAUGCAAACAGAUGUGUUGCCCUACACCAGUGUCUGAGCAUUUACCUCCACACGGUUUAGUUAUUGCGAUGGACUUUUUAUAACCGAAACGUAUUCGACAAGUGGGGUCAUGGGGUCUAAAUGCAACAUUAUGCCGGAAGCGUAUUUACAUUCUUUAAAAAGAAUAAUUUAAUCAAACCGGAUUGUUUGUUUUGAGUAGUUUGAAUACUGCAGUUCUAUGUAAUCUUCCACACGCGACACACUGCACUGCGUUGUUCUUUUCAGGUCGUCGUCUCCUAACUUUUUUCCUAAUGGAUCGCUUAAAGGUAGUUUUGCAAUAUUUCCAGUCGAAUUCCGAGUCCAUUUCUAAUGGUAUAUGCGUGCUGCUGGCUCUGGUAGCGGUGAAACUCUACACGAGCUUUGAUUUCAACUGCCCUUGUCUGCCGCAGUACAAUAAAAUGUACGCACUCGGUGUGAUGUUUGUUCCUCCGGUUAUUCUCUUCUUACUCGGAAUUUUGGUUAAUCGGCAUACUGGAGUGAUGAUGGAGGAAUGGGCCAGACCUACAGGCAGGAGGGCCAAAAAUCCAGCUGUUGUGAAGUAUUUGUUUUCAGCUAUGAUGCAGCGGGCCAUGUUAGCUCCCAUGGUGUGGAUCCUGGUAUCUUUACUGGAUGGGAAGUGUUUCAUUUGUGCCUUCAGCAUGAGCGUGGACCCUAAACACUUCAGCGGGUUUCCUAAUGACACUGGUCUGGAUCUGAUCAGGAUCAUGGCUAAGGUGCCCUGCAAGGAAGACAGCAUCUUCAAAGACAGUACUUUCCGGAAAGCUGUCUCACGCUAUGUGCGCUGUUACUCUCAAGCAAUAGGUUGGUCCAUCCUUCUCUGCCUUAUUUUUCUGGGUGCAGUGGCUCGAGUCAUUAAACCAUGCUUCAAUCAUGCCGCCUUUCUUCAGACACGCUACUGGAGCAAUUACUUGGACGUUGAGGCAAAGCUUUUUGAUGAGACUUGUGUACAUCAUGCCAGAGAGUUUGCCAAAAAAUGUGUAGUGCAUUUCUUUGAGAGUAUUGAUGAUGAUGGGGUUCUCAGGAUGCCACUAUCCCCCAACCUCAGAUUUAAGAAAAGCCAUGAUGAGAAUGAAGAAGAAGAUGAGCGUCUCCACGGUGUGACCAGGAAGGAUCAGGUGGAUCACUUGCUCCAAACCUGGUUCCAAUGCAAACCUGAGCUGGAUGUGACCAAGAUGGUGUAUAGGCCCACUAAAUGUAUUACUUGGGAAGACCCUAAUGGACAUAUACUUUACUCAGAUGUAUGAAGUGACAGUAAAAUAAUAUAAAUAGUGCGUAUAUUUGAAGGAUCAAAUGUAAGAUAGAAAGCUUAUCAAAUUGAAAGAAUGUAAAUGUAAGGCAACCUGUAUUAGAUUUUAAAUGAAUUUAGCUCUUAAUUGUAUGGACUGCUGGGGAAAGGGAAUUUUCACAGUCAUCCCAGACAACUAAGUUCCUGUAAAACGUUUAUCUUAAAAGUGAAAUAUUUUUAUAUUUGUUUAUAUUUUUAAAACUUAAAAAUGUUCCACAAAACAUCAAGUAAAGCUUUGAUAUUAUGCUACCUCUUUAUUACAACAGUUGUAAAAAAAAAAAAAAAAAAAAGAAAGAAAGAAAAGAAAAAAAAAGUAUGUUAAAGAUAUUGCAUAAAGAUAUAGAAAAAAAGAAUUUUCUACAUCUGACAAUUGCCUGACAAUUGUAUGUACUAGAAAGUUUGCACCAGACUUUCAGACAGUCAAGUUACUGUAGAAACCUUGCAUGUGGAGAUUUGCCUGUGCCAGGACUGGAUUUGUUUCAUUUUGCAUGGCUCUCCCCACACACAUUACUCAGCAGUGACAUGCAUAUGAAUAUGAUGCAAAUGUAGAGAUUCAUAUGUCAGUAAACACAAUAAAGAGAUUUUAACGUUUA